AGCACAAACUCAUGCUUUGAUUGUAUUCAACUCGCUCUUUCCUCCUUCCCUUCUCGCUGUGUUUGAUCUCUGCACCGUAACCAAACGUCUCUCCUUUCUUUUUUUAAUAUGCUGUUGUCGCCGUCGUCGCUGAGGAAGAGCCGAACGCUUUCCCUUACUUUGGGGCCUACAACUUCAACGCACCUGAUGUGAGCGUACCGUGAGCGGUGGCCUCCCUUUUGUUUAGAUAUUUUCUUUCAUCUGCGGAACGCAAAGCACGCGUGUGUGUGUGCGUCGUCGUCGUCGUUUCUUUCUCAUCCUUGAAUGCCACGCGCACUCGCGCUUCCGUAGAAGAGGAAUAAAAAAACCUAAAAAGGCAAACAAGGAGAAGUCCUUCUUCCUCUUCUUCCUUUCUCUCCGUCAAACUGGCCUCUGAAGGAGACAACGACGGCUCCGUUGUCGCGGGGGACGAGAUGGUGGCGCUGCCCGCCUUCAAAUUCGUGUUUCUGGCGAUCCGUCAGGUGACGCGGCCGCUCGCCAAGCAAAUCGUGCAGCGGGCCAACACCAAACGUGCCUUGACGUACCGCAUGUGCAUCGGCCUCGGCCGCGUCUCCCUCGGUCUCUCCGGCGUCAUCGCGGAGUGGACCCGCGCCGAGGAACAAAAGCAGCGGGAGGCGAAGAAAAAGUCGGAAGAGGCGCAGGUGACGAGGCUGGCGCAGGCGGCCGAGGCGGAGAUGGAGAAGGCCGCGGAGAUGGCGAAGAGGGCCGCGGAGGCGGUGAUGAACGCGGUGGGGAAGCACAGCGCUGGCGGAAGCACUGCAGCAGCAGCAGCAGUGGCAACGCCGAAAGUGGCGCCGACCACGUCAGCGACUGCCCCUUCUUCCUCACCGGGAGAACACCCUUCACCACAACGACCCUCCACUUCAGCAGAGAGGACCUCUGCCGCAUCCUCACCGUCACCAUCGCCUUCGUCGUCUUCUCCUGCGAAUGCGGUGCUGUCCACCCCCGCCCCCGCCACCGCCGCCACCGUCACCCCGCGUUCUCGCUCCCUGCUGCGCAGCGUUGUCUACGGCCCGCAACUCAAGGACAGCCCCGCCGACACCUACGACAGCACCGUCUUUCUCGAUCCAACGCGGACGGUGGGGGAGGCGGCGCGGGUGUUCAUCCGCUACCCGGCGCGGAGCUCGUGGGACGUCUUCCGUCAGACCUUCUUGGCCCCGUUUCCGGAGGAUCGCCUCGUUGCGGCGGGUGCGGAUUUGCUGAUUGAGUUGGUCGCCUACACGGUCCUCUGCACGUUGCUAAUUGUGGAGCUGCUGCAGCAGUCUCGCACGACGGCGGCGAAGGAGGCCCACGUCAACGCGCGCCUGGAGGCGAUCGAGGCGAAGGUGAACGAGCUCGUGGAGCAGAACAACGAGUCCCGCGCCUACCCGCCGUUGGAGGAGCUGCCCCCGGUGCCGGAGCUGCAGGUGACGGGUCGUCUGAGCGCGCUGUGGGGCGCCGUGACGACUGGCGCGGGUCUUGUGGGGAGCGCAUUCUCCAGCAGCGACGACGACGAUGACGGCAGCAGCAGCAGCAGUCACCGCGGCAGUGCUGCUGAGGAGCGAGAACGCAUGUCCCAGAGCGGGAAAGUUGUCGUGCCCCGUCGGGAGGUCGGCUCGAACAUUGCCCGGGCUCCCCCGCGUGACCCCGCCGUGAAAGUGAGCAAGUACGAUGAAUCGACCGUUGUGCAGGUAGAGCUGGAGAAGCUUCUGCACGGCGUCCGCGCCGAGACGCGGGCGUGA